AUGGAGCCGGAAGCCGAGCAAUCCCCGGGACUAUCCCGGCAUUUGCAUGAUGUUCUAGCUGAGCUAUAUCGCCAGCCCUAUCCCCAUGUACCAAAUCCUCCAAACUGCAAGAAACGCGCCUCGGUCGCCUUGAUUAUCCGGGUACGGCCAACCUACGAUCAUUGGCCUAGCUCCAAUUACACACCCGAUGCUUCUCAGCCAGACUUAGAACGUCUGGAUGAUUUCUUUUCCCAGCCGUGGGUCCAACAUGGCGAACCGGAGGUUCUAUUCAUCAAGCGUGCCUCGCGCGUGGGAGACCGAUGGACAGGCCAUGUCGCUCUGCCGGGCGGAAAGCGGGAUCCCGAGGAUGCAGAUGAUAAAGCUGCAGCUAUCAGAGAAGCUUCAGAGGAAAUCGGCUUGGAUUUGACAACGAAGGACAUCAUCGGUGUUGGCAAUCUCCCUGAGCGGGUGGUCUCCACCAGCUGGGGGUCUCAACCAUUGAUGGUUCUAUGUCCCUACGUCUUCCUCACAACUUGCAGUGAUUCCCCGACUCUCAGAUUGCAGCCCACGGAGGUAGCAUCGACACAUUGGAUUCCCCUGCGCGCCCUCCUAUCGCCAUCGCUGCGGACGGUAGAACAUGUGGAUAUGUCGCAGCGAUUUGGUCGACAAGGCGGAUUCUUGACUCGUGUUGCAGUGCGGUCUUUGAUGGGCUGGAUGGAGUUCUCGGCCGUGAGACUCGUCCCGUCGGAGUCGCAGCAAUGCACUACAACUCCAGGAUUCCUUCCUGAAGAGAAUGCACCCCGACCUUCUGUGUACCAGCGCUUUAAGGCAUGGUGUUUAAGCGGCCAAGCAGAGUCGACUGACACUGCCCGUCCGCUACUUCUCUGGGGCCUUACCCUGGGCAUCUUGGCCGACUUUUUGGAUAUGCUCCCGCCUCACCAGGCUGUGCAGCUGUGGAGAUACCCCACGUUCACUGUGCCUGAUUUGCGGCUGAUCGUUAGCAUUGUGACUUAUCAUCUGCGCAAGCGCAAUGCGCUUCAUGUCAGAUCUGGUGCCCGACCUAGUGACACAGCCUCUGAUGCCGAGACUGCAGCGUUCCCCGUCACGGAGGAGACAGAUGGCAAACAUGACCAUAACGAAGUGGGCAUUGGUGGACUCGGCGUUGGAAGAUAUUAUGGCCCGACGGACCGCGCCACAGAUGGGACAUCAUAUGCCGUGGGCAUUAUGCUUCGUGGGUACUAUGACCGGCUGCGUGUGGCCAUCUGGGUCUUCUUGGCCUGGCGUGUAGCCAUUGGCUCAAUUGCUGGUGUUUCAGCAUGGCACAUUAUUCGACGACUUCGUUGA